UCUAUACAAGUAGAAUCCAUUUUAGAAUUAUCAUGUUUUCAUCAGCUACUAAGCAUAUUCUAUGCUUGUUUUCAACUAUUCUCUGCUUUGCCCUCUUAUCUUGCUAUGCAUUCACUCCACAAGACUAUGCCGAUGCACUUGAAAAAUCCAUCCUCUUCUUCGAGGGACAGCGCUCUGGCAGAUUACCCACCAACCAGCGGCUCACGUGGAGGGCUGACUCUGCCCUCUCCGAUGGCUCCGGUUACCACGUAGAUCUAGUUGGAGGAUACUAUGAUGCAGGGGACAACGUCAAGUUCGGCCUCCCGAUGGCUUUUACUACAACACUAGUGAGUUGGAGUGUGAUUGAGUUCGGUAGUUCGAUGGGGAGUCAAGUGGAAAAUGCACGUGAGGCGGUGCGUUGGGGGGCGGAUUAUCUGCUCAAGGCAGCGACAGCUACCCCGGGGGCCUUGUACGUGCAAGUGGGAGAGGCCAACAACGAUCACCGUUGCUGGGAACGACCCGAGGACAUGGACACGGCCCGCAAUGUGUACAAAGUGACUGCUCAAAGCCCUGGAUCAGAUGUAGCAGCAGAGACAGCUGCUGCAUUGGCAGCUGCUUCCAUUGUCUUCAAAGAUUGUGAUUCUUCUUAUUCAAAUAAGUUGCUCAAAACAGCAAUGGAGGUAUUUGAUUUUGCAGACAGGUAUAAGGGGGCUUAUAGUGACUCUCUUGGAUCAGUGGUGUGUCCAUUUUACUGCUCCUACUCUGGAUACCAUGAUGAGCUGUUGUGGGGAGCAUCGUGGCUUCAUAGAGCUUCAACAAACCAAUCAUAUUUGUCUUACAUUCAAUCCAAUGGCCACGUUCUUGGAGCUGAUGAUGAUGUUUAUUCUUUUAGUUGGGAUGACAAGAGAGCUGGGACCAAAAUACUACUCUCUCAGGGGUUUUUGGAGAAAAAUAUUGAAGGUUUAGAGGUGUACAAAUCACAUUCAGACAAUUAUAUAUGUUCCCUAGUUCCAGGGUCACCUAAUUUCCAGGCACAGUACACUCCAGGGGGGCUUUUGUACAAAGGAAGUGAAAGCAAUCUCCAAUAUGUAACCACAUCAAGCUUCCUCAUGUUGACAUAUGCCAAAUAUGUGAAGAACCACGGCAGCGGUGGCGGUGGGGGGACGUGCGGCGUCAGCGCCGACAAGGUUGUGGAGUUGGCAAAGAAACAGGUGGACUACAUACUAGGAGAUAAUCCAGGCCAGAGGUCCUACAUGGUGGGGUUCGGGGAGAGGUAUCCGCAGCGGCUGCACCACAGAGCCUCUUCCUUACCCUCACUCCACGCACACCCUGCUCGGAUCAGCUGUGGUGAUGGAUUCCAGUAUCUAAACACGCCGUCGCCCAAUCCAAACAUUCUUGUCGGAGCAAUCGUUGGCGGCCCAGACAGUCAAGACAAAUUUGCAGAUGACCGGAAUAAUUAUCACCAAUCUGAGCCCGCCACUUAUAUCAACGCCCCAUUUAUCGGCGCACUCGCUUUCUUUUCUCAUCAUCUUUAACUUCUUUAUGUAGUAUACUCCUUCUGUCCCUCAUUAGUUUUCUUUAAUUUCAUCUAAACAAUCGAAGAGAUUUUGUGCCUUUUGCAUGUGAAGAUCUUUAGAA